ACCACCUGGUACAGGUAAAACAAUGAUUGCAAGAGCAUGUGCCUCUCAAUGUAAUGCUACUUUCUUUUCUAUUAGUGCUGGGUCCUUAGUUUCGAAAUAUCAUGGCGAAGGUGAAAAAUUAGUGAGAUGCUUAUUUGCUGCUGCCAGAUAUUUGCAGCCGUCUGUGAUAUUUAUUGAUGAAAUUGAUUCGAUACUAUCUGCACGUAGCUCUGAAGAACAUGAGGCUAGUAGAAGAAUGAAAACAGAGUUUAUGAUUCAAAUGGAUGGUGUUAGUAAUAUGAAUGGGAAAGAAGAUAGAGUUCUUGUAAUGGGAGCUACAAACAUUCCAACCGAAUUGGAUGAAGCUAUUCUCAGAAGAUUCACCAAGAGAAUAUAUAUACCUCUUCCUGAUCAUGCAGCAAGAGCAUCACUCAUUAAGCAACUUUCACAUGGUCAAAAUAUGAGUUUGAGUGAAACCGAUAUCAACAAGAUUUGUGUAGCCACUGAAGGAUUUUCUGGAAGUGAUCUGACAGCCCUGUGUAAAGAAACGUCAAUGGUUCCUCUGAGAGAAAUAAGUAUGGAUCAACUCAUUUCUAUAGAUGCACGAAAGAUUAGACCAAUCGUGCUCAAGGAUUUCCAAUCUUCUCUCGUGCAUGUUAGACCUUCCACAUCACAAGAUACUAUUAAGAAGUUAGAAAAGUGGAAUGAAAGCUAUGGAACUUUUGCAAAGGGUAUUUAAUGAGUAAACAUAAACCUUCAU